AAGAAAUGAAAGUGAAAGUUAUGUGCUUCUGAAACAUUGGUGAAUUGACAUGGCGUCUAGCGCUCACGAUGAACCGGUGGCAGAUGCCAGUGGCGUCAAGGAUGACAAUGAGAGCUGGUCAGGCCAGUCCAGCUUAUCCUUUAGCAACUCAGAUGACCAGUCAGGGGACGAUUCAGAUGACCAGUCAGGGGACGUUUUAGAUUCCCAGCAGGGAGCGUCUGGAGGCCAAAGAGACCACAAGCAGGUUCCUUGCAGGUUCUACAAUGAUAAAGGCUGUCAAAAAGGUAACAGCUGUCCCAACCUGCACGUGUGCAAGUUCUCCUGGAAAGGUUCCUGUCGCAAUGGUCACAGUUGUCGCCUGAAGCACAUUGUCGACUCAGAUUCAGAUGAUUUAGGAGCAGGAGGACGUGGCAGGGGCAGAAGAAGGAAUCCUGAAGAGAGGACCAGACGGAUUGAGAGGAGGCCUCGAAGGAGAUCACCGUCCAGUGAGAGUGAUCUGGAGGAGGAUGGACUGCAGGGGCCGUACAGGUGGCAGCUAGACUGUGGCCAUGGCUGGAAGGACAUCGCAAACGAUCACAUUCUUGAGGCCCAGUACUCCAGACCUUGUACAAAAGGCAUCAACCUAUACAACACUGCCAAAGGGGUCAUCUCCAUAGACUUUAAAAAUAUACGGGUCCUGAACAAAACUAAUCUGAGGGUGCGACGCCGCGGAUCUCAGCAAACUAAAUGGCUCUGGCAUUACAGGGGAGAUAAUCGGUGGUACCAAUAUGGAGAAAAGGACUCAAAGGGAAAUCAACAUACAGUCAAUAGUUCUGUGUUGGAGACAGAGUACCAGAAAAACAAAAAUGGGUCACAUCAGUUCAGCGUGGGAUCAGACACCUAUGAGAUCAGAUUCAAAGACAUGUGCCAGAAAAAACUGCCUACUGGACACAAGCGAAAGAUCACGCGACGUCCUUUGUACGAAAGUCCUCAAAGCCAUGGAGCGCUGACCCCGGGACUGAGGGCAAUGAGAAUCGCCAGGCCACCCAGAGACCCAAGAUGGCAGUUUAGGGGGAAGAGCAGUCAGUGGUAUGAUUUCAAAAACAGGGUUGGAACUGAUACAGAAUGCUCCAUAACCUCUGCUGACAUUGAAGCCGCGUACCAGCAAAACCCUCAGGGUACCAUGACCUUUAUUGUCAGUGGACAGCCUUACAAGAUAGACUUCUCCAACAUGACUCAGACCAACAUGACCACAAAUAUGACUCGCAAGAUCCAGCGAGUCUAGACAUCUGAUGGAUUAUGCAUUGUUGCUUUCUAAUACUCAACUGUACCGCCUAAAGAACAACAAUGUGAAUGUUUUUAUCAGGGACGUGCACAGGAGGGGGCUUAGGUUGCUCGGGCAACUGCCCGUUUGCCCUCCUCGACUGAAGUUGCCCCUCUAAAGGAAAUAUAUAUAUAUU